AGCUGCACCGAAAGUACCGUGUUCCAGUGCCAGAGAGAGAGAGAGAGAGAGAGAGAGAGAUAUUCAAUUUUCCCAAGAACUUGCAAUUGUCAUGUGAGAUGGAAGUUAGUCCAAGGUAUGUCCUAAACCCUGACUGUGUGUGUUAACAGGCACGCCUCCCAGGUUGUCCUGGGCUAUCAAUCAGCUCCAGUGUGGACAGGAUUGUAGACAGGAAGCCAAAAAGGGCACUCUCGUUUAGCUUUGCUCCUGUCUCCUCUCACAGUGCCAAGGGGAGUGGGGGAAGGAGAACACUUUUCUUUGAAACACAGCGCAUUCGAUGUAGCCUCUCUCUCUGCCCAAAGUCAGUCCCAACGCAUCUAUCUGUGUGUGUGUGUGUGUGUGUGUGUGUGUAUAUAUAUAUAUUCUUACUGUAUGUUCCAUUCUAUGCAUCCGAUGAAGUGGGAUGUAGCUCAGGAAAGUUUACGCUCUAAUAAAUGUGUUCGUCUCUAAGGUGUCACAGGUCCUCCCGUUCUCCUCAAAGGGGGUUUCUCACAAGGGCACUUAAACUCAACUCACAACCAGGGGGGUCCCCCCUCCUUACAGUACUUUCUGAACCGAAAUCUGGAUUUCGAAAGUCACUCCCCUUCUCCUGGAGUGCCAGAGUUGUUCAUUAUUCAUAGUCCGGGGCGUGUCCUAAGCAGGAGUUGUAUAUAGGCAAGAAGUUCAGCUGAAUGAGAGAACAGAUGGGAGCCCAGAGUUACAGAGAGUAGAAGCCAAUAGCAGGCAACAAAGAGAAUAAAAAGAAGGGAACUUUGCUCUCUCUUAAUUUAUUUUUUCUCCUUCAUUUCCCCUCUGCUCUCCUCUCUUUCCGUGACCAUUUUGGGACCACGUUUCCUCCCAGCCAGACCAUUUUGCUCGGUUUGGGUAUUUUUUUUUAUUGUUGUUGAUUUUUUUUUAAUUUAUUUUAUUUUCAAAUUUGUGUCUGCGGCAAGAAAUCAGUGUCAAAGCCAAGUGACCUGGGCGCUAUUGAAGGGGAGGAAGCAACAAGCCGUCUUGGGCGCUAGCUGCUCUUCCUUCUCGUCUUCCUGCAGGGGUGGAGGGGGGGGGCGGGGGUCCCUGUAGCUUUAGCCUGCUGGGCUCGCCUCCUCUGUUAGGGGGGCGAGCGGCUGGGGCUUGAGCCUCCUGCUCUGAACCUCCGGGGCAGGGGUCUGUCCUGGUCUCUUCUCUCUCCUGUGUUGGGGGGCGAGUGCCUGUGACUCCCCUCUCCUGUGGUGGGGGGGCGGCUCUGCCCCGGGCUAGGUGCGUGUGUGGCUGCGGCUCUGUCCCUCUCCUGCUCUCUCUGCUGCUGCUCGUCCCCUCUCCAGCCCUGCCCCCCCCCCCCUUGCGCUUGUUGCUAUGGUGGCGCGGCUCUGCGUGCUGUGGGCAGUGGCAGCGCUGGCGCUGCUGAGCCGGCGGGCGGUGGCGGUGGGGCCGGUGGUGCGGUGCGAGCCCUGCGACGCGCGGGCGCUGGAGCAGUGCAAGCCGCUGGCGCCCGAGUGCUCCGAGCUGGUGCGGGAGCCGGGCUGCGGCUGCUGCUUGACCUGCGCCCUGCAGGAGGGGCGCCCGUGCGGGGUCUACAGCGAGCGCUGCGGGGCCGGCCUCACCUGCCAGCCGCGCCGAGGGGAGCUCAGACCCCUGCAGGCGCUGCUGGAGGGCAGGGGGCUUUGCACCAACGUGACCACGGGCAGCAAGCUGCGGACCUUCCUGCUGCAAGGACCACAUGUUCCAGGAAAUUCCAGUGAUUCAGAAGAAGACCAGAAUGCCAGUAGCAUAGAGAAUCAGGCCAUCCCUAACUCUCACAGGGUGUCAGAUUCCAAAUCACAUCCACAUCACACCAAAAUAGAUAUCAUCAGGAAAGAACAAGCCAAAAAUACACAGCGGUACAAAGUGGAAUAUGAUUCACAAAGUACAGAUACACUGAAUUUCUCUUCUGAAUCCAAACAAGAGACUGAAUAUGGUCCCUGCCGUAGAGAAAUGGAAGACACGUUAAAUCACCUAAAGAUCCAGAAUGUCUUGAGUCCAAGAGGAUUCCAUAUUCCAAAUUGUGACAAGAAAGGAUUUUACAAGAAAAAGCAAUGCCGCCCAUCUAAAGGCCGAAAGAGAGGCUAUUGCUGGUGUGUGGAUAAAUAUGGACAGCCACUUCCUGGAUACGAUGGGAAAGGAAAAGGAGAUGUCCACUGCUACAACUUGGAAAGCAAAUGAGGGGCAGGUGCCAUCUCCUGUGGAAUCUGUUUGUGGCAGUUCAACCCAUCAGAGACCUUGGAGGGACUGGGGAAAAAGCAUGGACUGCAUUGGACUUGGAGUUACGAGUUCUGCCUCCUACUGAUACUGGGGGAUUCAUUGACUCUAUGGACUCUGCAGCUGCACCCUGUCACUGACACACUUCCUGCUUUCUAUAGAACAUAGGGAGCUCUGAAUUCCCAAUUAAAUCUGCACUAUUUAUCCCCAGAAAGAAAAAAAGGCACUUCAGAAUGGAUUCAGGGAGUCUCCACUGACUUUUUAAAAUAACGGCCUGUGACCAAUUUGAUCCCGAAAGAUACUGUGUUUUAUUUUAAAGAAUUUAUAGAUUGUAAGCUUGUAAAAAUAUUAA